AUGACUGUGACCUAUACAGCCAACGUAAACACCUCGAAGGUUAUUAGCAACUUUCUGAAAUUGCUUUUCAGAUGGCGCGGAAGUAUUUACAAGCUGGUUUGGAUCGAUCUGUUCAUCUUCUUUUCACUGUAUUGCUUGUUGGCCAUCUCCUAUCGAAUGCUGAUGAGCGCAAAGGCCCAAGAGGUCUUCGAGGGCAUUGUAUACUACUGCAAUAUGCACGGCAACCUAUUGCCGCUGUCUUUUGUGCUCGGUUUCUAUGUCUCCAUUGUGAUGGGCCGCUGGUGGCAGCAGUAUACGACCAUACCAUGGCCGGACUCUAUAGCCAUCUUGGUCAGCUCCAGCAUCCAGGGGUUCGACGAUCGGGCUCGGGCCAUGCGUCGCACCAUACUGCGGUACGUGUGCCUGUGCCAGGUGAUUGUCUUCACGAUGAUAUCGCCGAAUGUCAAGAAGAGAUUUCCCACCUACAAUCAGAUCAUCGACUCCGGGCUGUUGCUGGAGAACGAAAAGGCCAUCAUCGAGAACAUGGACAUCGCCUUCCCCCAUUAUCCCAAGCACUGGAUGCCCAUCGUCUGGGCCGCCAGCAUCGUGAUGAGAGCCCGAAAGGAGAACAAGAUCCGAGAUGAUUAUGCCGUCAAAACAAUCAUCGAUGAAUUGAACAAGUUCCGCGGCUUCUGUGGAUUCCUCUUGUACUACGACUGGGUCAGUGUGCCGCUGGUGUACACCCAGGUGGUCACCCUGGCCACCUACACCUUCUUCCUGUUCAGCGUGAUUGGCCAGCAGUGGACACAAGUCGCCGAUGCUGGCGGCUCACCCAACAGAGUCGAGCAAUGGUUUCCCUUCCUCACAAUUCUGCAGUUCUUCUUCUACAUGGGCUGGCUGAAGGUGGCCGAGUCCUUGAUCAACCCCUUUGGCGAGGACGACGACGACUUUGAGCUCAAUUGGAUGAUAGAUCGCAAUUUGACAGUCUCCUAUCUGAUUGUCGAUGAGAUGCACCAGGAGCAUCCGGAACUAGUCAAGGAUCAGUAUUGGGACGAAGUCUUCCCUAACGAGCUGCCCUAUGCCGACGACGCGAAACGGACGGGCCCGCCCGAGGCCUCUACGGCCAAACUGGACUACAGAGCCACUAACUCGGAGCAAAGGAGAUUCCAUAUGUCCCGAGACUCGACUGCAACCAACCGUAGUGGGCGCGAUAACUUUCUCAAUUAUAUGCUGGACAAGCAUUCCAGCAGCGCUAGUUUCGCGGAAAACUAUCAUCCGAGCCGUCGCUCCACCUGGGAGGACAUCUCGCGACUGACCUUCACCGAGCCCCUGGAUGGUCCGGAGGAGGACAGACCACGCCGGCGUAGACCCAGUAGACUUGAUUCCGCCAUGGAUUUUGAUGAGCUCAUCGAGCAGCGCCAUCAGGAGCGGCGGGAUCGUAUGCGUCAGCGCUUCCUCAAUAUGCGGGGCACUCACAUCCGUACAUCGCCAUCGGGGGGCUAUACGGUGGCCGUGCUGCGUACCGCCUCCGACGAGGCAUUGGGCGAAGAAGAGGAUGCUUAGAGGAUGCCCCCCUUGAAUGGAAAGAAAUCGAAGGAAAAUUUCUCCGUUUCUUUCUCCGUAUACAUAAACAUACACAUCUUUGCAGAAGGAGCUUUUCAAUUGAAUUCAUUGACAACAAUGGCCGCUGAUGCGUUAAGACAAUGCGCCCAGGACGAGUAUUUUCCGAAUCCGAAUCAUGUUCAUACCACAAUACCCAACCCAUGUACGCGUGUCAGCUGCCAGACCAAGCCACAGGAGCAGCAGCCUCGAAAAGGGAAUUAUAUCCCCCCGUAUUACAUUCAUUGUCAUAACCAAACAUUGAAAAUCUGACGCGAUGCGUGUUGUUAAAAUUGUUGUUAAAAAUGUUAAAACUUAA